UCACCAGCGUAUACAGCAAUAAUUUUUGUCAAGUAAAUUUUUUGUCAAUAAUUGUGAAUCUAUCUUCUCUAUCACUGACGUAUGAAUGCCCUCAACUACUAUGCCUGACGGGUUUUACUCCUCGCCCUUCUGGGCUGGCUACCUAGAAGCACAACGAAGCAAGCUACCUGUACUUCCAGAAAUUGACGAUGGCUUGUCUGGCUGCGUUGUGCGCUUCCUUGGAUGCAAUCCUGGAAGCAUGCAGCUACAGGGCACCAACACAUACCUAGUUGGUACUGGAAGCACUAGAAUACUCAUUGACACUGGAGAGGGAGCUCCGCAAUGGGCACUGAGUGUGACCAGAUAUCUCGAAGACCAUGACAUCUCUAUUUCUCAUGUCCUUAUCACACAUUGGCACAAGGACCAUACUGGCGGGAUAGCCGAUCUCCUUGUUCAUGAUUCCGACAUAAAAGUAUACAAGCACAGGCCUGGCCAGGAUCAGCUAGACAUCGUAAACGGGCAAACCUUUCCAACGCAAGGUGCGACUCUCAGGGCAGUCCUGACGCCUGGGCACACUGUUGAUCAUAUGUGCUUCGUAUUGGAAGAGGAAAAUGCACUAUUCACCGGUGACAACGUGUUAGGCCAUGGCUACAGUGUAGCUGAGGAUCUGGAAGCCUACACAGCUAGCCUUCGUCUGAUGGCAAGCCUAAGGUGUGCCGUCGGGUAUCCCGGCCACGGAGAAGUGAUAUCUAACCUGCCCCAAACAAUUGCAAAGUAUAUCGCGCAAAGAAUCUCAAGAGAAAGACAGAUAUACACCGUGCUGGCUCGGCAAGCUUCUUCGUCUUCUACAUCCCGUAAUGCGAGCAGCGCAAGCAUUGUCAGGGGCAUCAACAGUGGCGAUGCAAGAGGCGCUAGCGACUCUGGUAGUAGCCGCAAUGAUGAACAUGGCAGUGGGAUGGACACAGUGCAGGGCCUAUCCACAGCUGACAUAGGCGGUCUCAUCUACGGAGAAGUCUCCAAGGAUAGCGCAACGUUUGAUUCAGCUGUUGGGCCCCUGUUGAAUCAGGUUUUAUACAUGUUGCUAGAGCAAGGCAAGGUUGGUUCUAGAUUAAUUGGGCCGGAUAAUACUAGGCAUUGGUUUGCAACGGGUCAACCAAUUUAAGAAAGAAUUUCAUGUUUCUG